AGCUAUCGACCACACACGUAAGGCGGCGGCGGCAGCAGCGCUCGCACACACCGGCGCACACGGAUACACAACAUCGCGGACCUGUUGUCCAACUUGUUGCUCGUCCCUGCGAAGGCACACCCGCCCAUCUCCGGAGUCGAAGGUGAGGAGACUUGUUUUCGAAAAAGGAGGAGAAGGAGGAGGAAGCGCGACGGUCGUCGAGGAUCGUGUCGGGACUGCACCCGCAUAUUGGAGCACCGCGCUCCGACCACCGACCCCGCAAACGGCGGACGUACAGGUAGACGAGAAAGGAUCGAAACUCAAAGGGAUAACAUUUUUGCGACGCGGAUUUUAAGCGAGAGAAGAAAUAAAAGAGUGAAGAAGAUUUUAACGACGAUUAAUUGUACACGGUGUUUCCUCUCCCUGUACAAGUUUCUACAACUCUUGAUCGUCGCUUUUUAAUACAGUGUUUCUUCAAACGCAAACUAUAUCGGAUCGUAUCUUUUUUGUAAGAAGAAUGGCAUUCGUUCUAUGAGCAAAAUUUUCGCUCUCUGUAUGAGUCAAGCGAAGACGCAUUGAGGAAGACGAACGGCAUUGGAAGAAAAACUCUUCUUUCAUCCUCAGCAUAGAAUAUCCGUUUCCUGCGAUUCAAAGGAAACUGCGAGCGCAGAGUAAUUCAGAGGACCAACUCCUUAUAGAGAAUUAUUCACGAAUCGAAUAGAGGUCGUUACGUUUAUCAAACUAAAAAAGGGAGCAACAGCAAAUUGUUGGCUGAAGAAAAUUCGUCUUGAAAUUUCGUCGAAGAAAGCGAAAAAAGCACGACUUUAUCAACAAAGUAAACGAAGAAUCGCCUUUUUAGCCGCAUCACAAUUUCGAAAGUCAAUUCGAAGUAUUCCCGUCACUUAAAAUUCAUACGUCGUUCUUAAUCAAUUUACAGAGAAACAUUCAACGUUCGUCGUCGCAAGGGCAUCUAGAUUGUCACGAUGAGAAUGUUAUCGUCGAAACACGCGCCUCCCAGGGCAGCGACGUCAUCGGGAAUCGGCGAGACGAGAUAUCACCUGGAGCAACCAGGCGAGUGAAACGUUUGAUUCCCCUAGAGCGACGGAAACCUCGGCGGCGCACGACCGUUUCCGGCGACGCAUGCACUGCCGGAGGAAACGUGGGAUAACGAAGUCGCGGUGGUGAAGCAUAGGAGAAAGAGAGAGAGAGAGAGAAACCAGAUAUGGAUGGAACGCGCAGAUAAACCCGACAUACGCGAACGACGAGACACGCAGAGGCAGGCAUGAGACCGGCGUAGAGAAUGUAAAUCGUCCACCCGUGAAUAUAUACAACGAAAGCAAUACUACAAACAAGGGAACAACGUCGUUCUCUCGCUCCUCCUUGCUACAGGAAUUCCGUGUAAAAGUUACAAUCCGAUCUGUCGCCGAGACGAUCAUGUCGCGUCUCGGGAGAUUCGAGAGGAAGCGCGCGUAUGGGACGGACAGUUGGAGCAUCGAUUGAGGGGGCAUCGAUCAACGUCCGGUGGAAGAGAAAAUCCAGCGUUUCCGCAAGGACGAUUGACGAGGGGCGCAUCGAACGAAAUAUCGCGCGCCGACGUAAGGAGGCAACCUGCUGCGAGGGGAGAAACGCGAUACUUUGACGAUCGAUAUACUUUGCGAUUGAUACUUCGCAAAUCAUCACGGGAACGUAUAUAUAUAUAUAUUCGCAAUAAAGUACUCGCUUUCGCGGUACGAAGAAAAACUACGAGGGGAAAAGAUACUCGAGAGAGAGGGUUGUUUGGUGAUCUUAGAACGAUACACCGCAAUAUUAAUCCCGGUAAGAAGUGAACGACGAUCGGAGGCCAAGAUGCCGCGUUGUUACAUGGUAAAGAAGGCCCUGUGCAACAAGUACAUAAGCAGCGUUGCCAGAGGAUUUGAGAGCUGGGGUCGCGGAAGGAGCACGCCAUCGCCAACCACCAUGCAGCUGCUCGUCUCGCCCACUGAGGGGCACGUUGCACCCCCUAUUGCACAAGAGUGUCCCGACACGCAACCGACUUUCGCCGUGUCCGAUGUCAGGUCCUUGAAGGAAGACACAUGGAGCGAUGUGGUCGCGAGUAGCGCGUCAACGACAACAACAUCGUCAUUAUCAUCAUCGUCAUCAUCGUCAUCACCGCCGACGUCGUCGUCGUUAUCCGUUAUCUCUACGGAUGCAAUAUCCGCAACGGAUUGCUCGAUGACAAUGCGAAUGGAGACGACCACCGUGAUCACCGUGACGCCAUGCACUCCGACGACAUCACCGACGACUUUAUCGCCCACAGAAUCGAUCGUCUCUCUCGCGGAGAAAACGACAACGGCGACAACGGUCGCUCCAUCCUUACCUCCGGCGAGCGUCGCGCGAACGACUUCCGGGAGACCCGAAACCGCGACAACAUCCAUCGCCAUGCUGUACCAUCCAACAUCCAUCGGAGAAUCAUUUUCCGCUGUCUCGUCGACAUCGUCAACGACGUCUUAUCAUCUGGAAGACUCUCCGGAACAUUCGAGGACAGCCAACGAUUUCAGGAUACGACUCGCUCCCACGGCGUCCUUGAUGCCCAGCCACGUGUCGUCCAUGUUCAAGGAUCGCUCCGCGGCGGAGACGGAGGCAGCGCACGAUCUUCUCGAGCUGUCGCGGUCGCUGCCACCAUUGCCACCACCGAGCGUAGCCAUCGGUCCUCAGAGUGUGAUCGAGGCGCCGGCGAGUGAUGUCCAGGAGAUGACGGUCUACCAACCGGCCGAGCAGCCGAUUUAUCAGGUGAAUACGAUCGACCUGGCCGGCUCGACCAUUUAUAGCCAUCAUCAUCAUCAGCAGCAACAGCAGCAGCAGCAGCCUGCCACGGCCGCUGGCAUCAUCUACGAGCCUAGCACGACCAUCGUACCACCCUCGGGCAGCGUCUUCAUACCUUUGUCGCCGGUACAGGAAAUUCUACUCACGUACAGCACGUCCACUAUUCCAUGCACGUCGAUCGUUGCUCAGCAGUCACAGCAUCAACCGCCACCACCACCCCCACAACAGCAACAACAAUCGCAGCAGCAGCCAUUGCAGCAGAUCGAGACGACGCCGCCGUUGACGCCACCGACUUCCGAAUGUAGUAGCGACAUUGAGAACAGCAAUCCGAACUCACAGCCGUCGCAGAGGGACAAGGAGGUGCAAACCAUUAUCGAGCAAACGGAGGGGGUGAAGCCGGCCAGUUAUACGUACGACACGUUGCUCGUCUCGGACGGCAGGUCAAAGAACAAAAAGGCGCCUCCUGUGCAAAAGAAUCAGGAAACCGAACCGAUCGAGACACCCGAGACCUCCAAGACCGGUCGUUACGUGUGUUGCGAGUGUGGCAAACAGUACGCGACCUCGUCGAAUCUGUCGCGGCACAAGCAGACGCAUCGCAGCAUCGACUCGCAAUCGGCCAAGAAGUGCAUCCAUUGCGGCAAAGCAUACGUCAGCAUGCCCGCCCUGGCCAUGCACGUGCUCACGCACAAGCUCACGCAUAGCUGCGGCGUAUGCGGCAAGAUGUUCUCGCGACCCUGGUUACUGCAGGGUCAUCUGCGCAGUCACACCGGUGAAAAGCCAUACGGAUGCGCCCACUGCGGCAAGGCGUUCGCCGAUCGUUCGAAUCUGCGGGCGCACAUGCAGACACACUCGGCUGACAAGAACUAUGAGUGCCCCAAGUGUCACAAGUCGUUCGCGCUCAAGUCUUACUUGAACAAGCACUUAGAGUCGGCGUGUCAGCGCGAGAACGAGAGCGAUAGUAGCUACGAUGUCGAUGCGCCAUCAUAAAACGUAAGCGGGAUGCCAACGACGGAUUGCGAUUACAGAACGGGCUAAUGACUUGCUGUCACUGUCGAGAAGAGCUUCGCUCCUUUGUGCAUCGCAGACGACGAUCAGACGUCGAAUCUCCGGUAACAUCCAAUUUCAACGGGUAUCUCUGGGUAAGCGCAAAGUAAUUCGAUUUACUUGUCGGCUUUAAAUGUCGCGGAUGGGCGGAGAGGGUGACAAAAAUCUCGGCGGCUGCUACUGGGAACGAGGACGAGAAGAUAAUUGACAUAUCGGCGUCUCUAGAUCUCGCGCUCGUCUUCUCCACUCGUGGAAAGAAGUUUCUCUGAAUAUUUCACCGCGCCGCGUUUCUCUCGUAUCUCGCUUAGUUCUAUUUUUAGGAUCGUUUUCCCGAUUCUCUCUUUCUCCUUGACACCGGAAGAUCAAGAUGAGAGUUUCGCACGCGUAUUUCCAACAAAUAAAUACUUUUGCUAACGAAAAUCCAUGAAAUCGGCCAUUAAUUUUUCAAUCGUUGCCGACUAUAUAUUUUCCGAUGAAGUUUCGCCUAUAAUAAAUUUUAAUUUCGUUCGAAACCUCUGUGCUUGAUUUCUCCAAUUGCCUGUUCUCUGAAUGAAGUAUUUGCAUAACCAAAAGAAAAAAAAAAAUUCGCCAUUGAGAUCUCUCUUCGAUGCAUAGAGAAACUUCUUUUCCAUCAGCGAGAAGAUCUGUAUUUUGAUUCGCCAGUUAUUUUUAGUCUGACGUGAAAGGAUGUCUCGACAUAAAGCGAUAUAAAUAUUUCAAUAUGUUUAGGCAUCCUCUCGCAUCAAAGAUCGAUAUGAUAGCAUCGCAGAAUACAUUUCAUUUCGUAAAAAUGAAAAAAUUUGCAAGAACGAAUCGAAAUGCUCUCUCGGAAUGAGCAGCGAUAAAGUCGAUCGCGAAAAAUAGUGCAAUAAGUUUUUAAUGUUAGUUUAAAGAAGCACUUUUUUCAUUCAUCUUUGCUCGAUGAUAAAGAUUCACACUGAUAGUUUUUUUUUUUUUUCUCUGAGAGAAAACUUUUAAUUUUCUCCAACGAAAAAAAUAUCUCUCUAUUAAUCUUAUUUAUUAAAAAGAUGAUCUCAAAACGUGCAAAUAGAAUUAGAAUUUGAUAACGUACUGAAGCUGUCGCAAAUUUAAUUAUCGUUAUAAGUUAUUUUAUAUUAUUUUAUUUUUUUAUAAAAGUAUUUCGAGUAUAACAACUGAGGCAUCUGAGGGCAGAUAAUGUAAGGUCGUUUGCGCAUUUAAUGAUGCACUCUUGCAGGGUUUUUGCCGGUAUCCUUAACGUAACGCACGCGCAAGUACUCGUGGAAAGUUUUCAUCAACAUUUCACGUAAACUGGACCACCUGUUGAAUGCAGAAAUGACCAUUCGGUGGCAAAAGGGUCGGUCGUACUGCUACCCUGAAUUAUGGAACACAUCAUUUCCUCGGUUGUUAAAAGCGCGAACAAUUGUAACGUUUCGUUCAAGUUUAUCGAUAUUUUUUGUUUUUUUUAUCUGCGAAAGAAAUAUAUCCUGAAUUUCGCGGAUUUCUCUUCGAUAUCGGUGAUAUUAUUUAGAUAUUCCGUUUUAAAUUGAAAAUACAUAUCUUCUGUUUUAAAUUUUUAAUACUUGAUGUGAAGAAUGAGAUUACUUUUUUAAGAAAUAUUCUUUUCUCAUCGCACGUUUGCAUUAUUAUCAGAGUUCCUACGGACAAAGUCUUUGAUGUACAAUAUUAUCAAUUUAUAUUUAUUAUAUAUCUUGUUAUUAUAUACAUAUUAUUUAUAUAGUUAGAAAUCGAUUUAAGAAAUCGAUUAACAUUUUAUAUUCUUAGUAUUAAUAAGAAUUGUUGCUCAAUUUGUUUACUUUAACUUAUAAAAUCUCGAGAUUUGUAUCUAGUCAUAUGAUUACUUUUACGCGAUUCCUAUAUUUUAGCAAUAUAAUAAAAAAUCGUGUUUAUAGGUACGAUAUACUUGAAUAUACUGACAAAGAGAUAUAUUAUUUGAGAGAUAUUUUUGCACUUCGAGCAAGAAGAAUGAAAAGAGUGAAUCGCAUAUAAAUGCGUUUUGUAAACGAUACAAUCCGCAACGUCAUACAAAAAAUAUGACAAAAAGAUGAAAGGAGGAGCAGGAGAAGAAGGAAUUAUAAGGAGAGGAAAAAAAGUACUUACGAUCUAGUCAACAAGUUGCGCUUGAAUUACAUCCCUUUUAUCUUAGUUGCCUAAGGCGGUCGCAUGUAUAAGCGAGAAGGAAAAGUGACGCUAAUUUUCUCCCAUCGUAUAUUUUAAACCCUUACAUUUUUUCUCCCCCGUAUCCAUGCGCACGUCCCUAAAGCAUUUUUAAUAUAACUUAGACAUAUUUUGGUACGACAAAUUUUACGAGUGAUUGUAAGAUAGAGGGAUUGAUCGAACUUAAUUAAUUAAACGUACAGUGGUUCACGGAACGGCGUGCUUAUCGUUAACGAGAUUAGCGCCCAGUGAGCGAGAGAAAAAGAGAUUUAGUGAUUUUAGUUAGUACAAAAGUAUCAACACCAAGUGAGUAGAUCGUUCUUUUCGGCAUAGAAAUGCAGCGAUAAACGGGAGGGAAGAAAUCGUCGUUUUUUCGGAGAUCUAUCCCUACGAUUCAUUUUCCCUUCCUCUCGAGAACGCGAUGGGCGGGUAACGUCGAGAUGCACUGAAAUGUAAAAAUAAGAUAUGAGAAAUAUAUACGUGGAAUAAAAUUUUCACAACAGUACUAAUGCAAUAAUAAUUGAAAGAAGCAACGAAAUUAUACGCGGAUGUGAUAAAAGCAUAAAAUAAUUGACCUGGAAACAUAGGCAAUUAUCCGUUCUUAAUAUGUCUAUCGAUAUAUCGAUACUAUCAAUGUAUCUAUUGCGGUUUGGAUCUUUUUCCUGCAUACGAUGAUGAAAUAAUGAUAAAAGGUUUCACAGAAAUUGAAAUUUCUUUUAAGCCAAUUUUGAAUUCAUCUAUUUUCUGCAAGACGCAUUCGUCGACGUUGCUCGCAUUUUCUUAUAUUUCGUAUCUCGACUCGCAAGAAAGUAGUCUUCAGUAGUCUUACGAAAUGCACGUAAUUCUGCAACUCGGCCACUCAAUUUUGUUCAUAACAUUUGAGAUUAUAAAUACUCUCUCUUGUACCGUAUUACAAUACUCGACAGUCAAUCGAAUCUAUAAUUAAUAGAGUAACUCGUAACGGUAGUCAAUAAUAGGAAAAAGAUGUAACGUGAGGGAGGAUGAUCCGCGAGACCGUAUCAAGUUGAGUCCCAAGUGAGUUCCAUCGAGGAUACGCGAACAUCGUGGCACAGUUUACAAGUAGCUUUAGUAUCGCAAGCAAGGAGAGGAGACAAGAAAUAAAACAAUGUUUUGUGGCACGAUUUCAUGUGUGUACCAUAUACACACAUUUCUGCUGGUGACAAAAUAAUUUUUUUAAUUUAAAAUUUGUCAAUAAAAUCUGCGAGAUAAUUAAACGCUGACAAAAAUAUUAAGAAUUUUCAUUACUUUUCUAUUACAAUAUAAAAAUAAUUUUUACAAAAAAAUUUUAUUAAUAGAAAUAUUUAUUUAUUCGCAUUAUUUGAUUGAUCUUUGCUGUUUGCCAAUUCAAUGAAGUUAUAACACGCAGACGAGACGGCUUUCAUGAAAUCUUGCCACGAAAUCGAUAUUUAUCGACGCGAAAUAUUCAACGAGAGAAUUAGAAGCAAGAAAAGAACAUUCCUAUUGUAAUAGAAAGCGAAUUGUCGAGAAGAUUAGAUUGCAAAAGUCACAGAACUGAUACUCGUAAGCGCGAGAUAGAUAUGAGUACAGCUAUUACUAUUAAAAAAAAAAGGAAGAAAGAAAUGCACCAGAUGAUUUAAGCCAGGCUCCAGGACGAUCAUGCCUCAUACGUUUCUCACGUCUGGGCAAAGUUCUUCGUCCGUAUUGUGCGUAUCGGGUUUGAAUGAAACAACAGUAGCCUCGCAAAUUGGGCGCAUUCGUCUUGGAACUUUUUCGUUUUAUAAGACAAACAAUAUGAAGACGUCAGAGAGAACAGAGAGAAAAAGGAAAAGAGAGAGAUGGAUUUAAUCCUUAUCCGAGCAAUCUAAAGUAAAGAAGACAUUUAUACAUAUAAAAAUUUAAUAUUUAAAAUAUUGUAUAAAAUAAAAAUAUAUUUUGUUAAUUUUAUAUAUCUAUAUAAAAUAUUUCACAUGUCUCUUCAUAAACAUAUUUGUUUUCGAAUGAUUGAAAAUAAUAUAGAAUCUUAUAAAGCUGGAAAAUUGUUUUAGAGAGAGAAUAUGAGUUUUUGUGAAUUUGAUAAGUCGACGUUGCCCAGAUAAGGAUUGAUAUUCGCAAUUAUAUACAUGAAUACAUUUUUUUUUCGAUCUCACCAUAUAUCAUAGUAAAAGAGAGCAAUUAUUCGUGUCGCAUUUGUAUCGAUCUAAUCCUUUAUAGUUAAAACUUUUUUAUGAUAAGGCGAUUUAUAUAUAUAUCAAGCCGAAUGUAAAGAGAGGAGCAUGUGGUAAAAAAAUAACAUGCAAGCAACAAUAAUGUACGAAUGAAAAAAGGAAGCGAACACGGUCAAACAUUAAUAUAAAAACUCCCAAUUAAAGAGGACCAAGUUACUAAACCAUUUCUAUUCUGCCACGCGUGUGCGUACGCGGGGCGAGUUUAACAGUCGUCGUAGUAUACAUACAUAUAUCGUCUUCGAGGUGAUAAGAAUCGUCAAUAUAAGCGAUAAGGAGAAUAACUCACUCAACUAACUGAAUGUUAAUUUAUCGAACGUAAAAAGAGAACAACGAAAAUGUGACAAGCAUUGUACACGUAAUAUAAAAAUUAUACUUAGAAACACAGAGGGACGAGGGGGAGAAAGGCAUCUAUUAAAUAUAUAUAUAUAUAUAUAAUGUACAAUAUAAUAUUAUAUAUAUAAUUAUAUAUUUAUAAUAUAUAAAUAUAUAAUAUUAUAUAUAUAGAUCUAUAUACAUGUACAUGUUAAUCGACGGAAUUACACUAAAAUCCGAGAAUUUUUAUUCGUUUUCAAUCUGAUGACGAUUAUUUUAUACAUCCGGCUAGAUUAGAUUAAUAUUAUGCUUGUUGAAUUUCGACGAGAGAAAUAAAGUAAUGCACCUCUUAUGCGACAUUCUCGAUAACAAAUAUGUCAAAAUCUUCAACUUUUUUGAUUUAGCUGUAAAGCGCUAAUUUGUUUCCUAUGAAAAUUGUUUCUACGUUUUUCUUCGUUCAAGAUUUCUGAAUAAUUCCAUGAACGAAAUAAAACGAAAAAAAAAAUACAAGUAUGAUUCCGUCAAUUAAUAUAUUUCCGGAAUUAUUGUAAUUGAUUCUAACGAAGAGCGGAGCGAAAAAAUGUAUCACGAUAGUCAAUGUGUUAAGAUACAUUUAUGAAGUCGCGCGUUUCGCGCACACAUCCUUACAUACACAUGUACACGAACUUGCGGAGAAGCAGGCAUGAUCACCGCUAAAACCUGGCUUUUCAAGAAAAAGGCGGAAAGGGAAAAAAAUAGAGAGAAAAAAAAUGCAUAUAAGGAAACAUAGGGUUUAGAUUAGUGUGAUACAAGGUACGACAAAGCAAUAAUUUAGUGAUUGUACGAUAUACUUGAUUAGCGAGCGAAUUAGUGCUAAGUUAACGAUACUUUCGAAAUCUAUAAAUAUUUACUCGAUAUAAAUCGUAUAGUUUUGUAGAAACGCUGGAAAGAUUGCCAUUUCAGAGUAAAACUGUCUUGGGAUCAAAAGUUUAGGAAAAAAAAAAAAAAAAAAAAAGAAAAAAAUUGGUAGUUUGAAAGCGAAUGGGCAGAGGUAGAAAACCGCAAUAUAUAUUAACUCUGAUCAGAAAUCUGCAAGGAUCUUUUUCUUUCGUAUCAGCAAAAGACAAACUUUUCUUGAAUAAAUGAAAAAAAAAAUGAAAGAACGAACAGUCAACUGAUCCUGUUUCGAGAAGAUUGUUUGCGUCUUUUAAUAACGGAAUAAGUUUUGAAUAAUUGUACUCGUUCGAUUAUAUCGAAAAAAAAAAAAUAGAUACAUCGCCUUUAAAUUCCGUGAUGCAAUGCUUCAUUGUGAGAAGAUAGGAGCUGUCUUAUACAGGUGCCAAAUUUAUGCAUGCCGAAAGAAAAAGAUUUGCGAAAAGAAGAAGAAAGAAAACUAAUUCACAUCCAAAUAUAAUCCGUAUCGCAAUGCAGAGCUUGUAUCGCUUACGGUCAAUAAUUUGACAUUCGCUUAUUCUUACGUAUUGCUAAUACACCAUAUAUAAUGAAAAUCCUCACUUAAAGGAGAUGAGACUGAAAACGAAAUGAAUAAAUUAUAUAUCUUUUUUCGUAAUUUCUUACAACUAUUCAAAAAAACCGUUCGACACAAUUGUUGGCUACUACAGUAUAUAAUAUCUGAGACGAUUUUUCAUUUUUGACAAUAUUAUCACGGAAAGAUGAAAAAUUGCGUUUUACAAAAAUGAGAUCGCGUUGACAGAAGGUUUACUCUGAUCUGUCAGAAUAUCAAGUUUUUAACGAGGAAUGAAAGGAAUGCAAGAAAUUUAUUGCUAUCGGGAACUUGUAACCGUAUAAAUUUGUAGCGUAAAUAAAAAGUGAAUUGGUAGAAAAAUUCACUUCUUUCAACACAUCCCGGAGCAACUUUAUAUAGAAUUUUUAGAAAAUAUACACACAAACGCGCAGUUUAUUAGCAAAAGACUCGAUACUUAUAUCGGGAGGCUUACUUUUCAUCACACAUGGGUAUCAACUUCUUCGACGUCAUUAAAUAUAUAAGACACAUCGCAAUAAGAAACAUUGUCUGCAGUCCAUUGAAAUAAAUAAGCGCCGCAGGAGAAAUGACAUCAGCCGUUUUAGAAAUCUGUUUUUUUUUUGUUGAUAAAAUACGCGGAAACGUAUGGAAUCAUCUGAAAUAUCAUUGUAAUAUCAAAAUUGAUUCAUUAUACUAUAUAAUUUUUUCUCACACGAAAUUCUGCGGACUAUCAUUAUAAGAACUUGCAUGUACGAACGGUGAUAAAGGUGAAAUAUGCCAACUUUGGAACAAUGUAACACCAAACUUCAACUAGAAAUAUGUACACAUUGCGCGUACUUUUUAAUGUCAAACCAGACUUUAUUAGUCAUUUAUAACGUCAUGUCGUUGCAUCUGUAUACCUACACUUGUUAUGGAACGAUUAUCCUUUUUCAAGAGGAUAAAGAGAUACUGUGCUUAACAUCUCCGCAGAUUCAGUACCUGGCACGAGGACAAGAUCGAUUAUAGCAUGAUGCUAAGAUCUCUAAGAGAAUAAUGGCGCACGAUCUUAUCUCAGAUAACAAUAUUAAAAAAAAAAAAAAAACAUUCUAUUCUUUCACAUAAUCCUGACAUAUUUUUAAAAUAUUCCAGAUUUUAUGUUGUUUUGUGACAAUUUUUUUCAUUAAAAUUCUUAAAUCGCUAAGUCAGGUCAGAUCGGAUUCUGCGUGUCAGGUGCUAAAUCGAGCGUAAUUGACAAGACUCGAAGAAGCACUCGCCCGAGAUGUGUAGAAUAUAACGUUUUACAGAUGACAACAAACAUAUGAGCUCGACCAACGUAUGAGUGUGAAUCACGAAUAAAAAAUAGCGGCGGAUACACUUUUACAAAUUUUACGUAGCACAAGCCGCGGUGACGUUCCGCGUCGUCGCGGCGUCUCGACGAAAGCAAUUUUACAUAUAUAUAUAUUUACAGCCAUGUGCAAUAAGCGACACACGUCAGACGUAAUUAAUUCGUACCCAGUAAUGUAAUGCAGAAGCCGAUUGUGUUACUGAUAUGUUUCUUAUCAAUAAACUAAACCUUAAAUAUGGA